UAGAUACAUUUCUUACUGAGGCUUCCUAAAACCAACUCAGUUCUCAGCCGUGGAUGACUUAAAAAAUGAAAUUUGUGUUCAUUUUAUUCUUGUUUUUCCUUAACAAUCGUUCAGCUUCAGCUCUUUCCUGCCACAAGUGCCCCACAGAUAGCAAACUUAGCGACUGCGUGAAAAAUCACGUGCCUGAGCAGUGUGCAACUGAUGUGGGAUUUGACCAGUGCUUUACCAUGAAGUUAUUUGUGAAGCAGAGUAGCGGGGAAGAAAGCUCCUAUUUAGAUAAGAAAUGCGGUAUUUCCUUUGCAUGCAAUCAACCCGACCCGAACUAUUUUUGUAAUGCAAAGAAUCUAUCUUUAAUCAGUCAAGGACAUGUCAUGGUCAACUGCUCUUCAAGGUGCUGCACUUCUGACAUGUGCAACAACGAUGACUUACCCAGCGACCCCACCACUUUACCCCCUGUUAAAAAUUCCACGUCAAUAAACGAAACUAUAUCCAGUCCCUCGCUUCAAAACUCUACUGUCUCUACCCCGCCGGGCUGUGGCACAGACUCCGUUAACACACCACUGCGCAUGACCAUUGUCCUUGCUGCAGUGAUUCAACUGGUAUUCGAGAUGAUGUAGAAGUGAGAGUACAUUCCAAUGUGUCAGUAACUUGUUAUCCAACACCAACAAAACUGUCCUAUGUAGUAGUUAAAAGUCACCCUA